AUGACGGACUCCCGACUCGACGAUCUCGAGAAAAGAUUGACCAGUCUCCAGGAGGAGAUCCGUGGAGGCUUGCAAUAUCUAGAUUGGAGAUUGGAUCGAUUCUCCCACAAGAUGAGGAUCUGCUUCGCGGAGGUGGUUCAGACUCAAGAUUUGGAGGAAGAGCAACCAACGACGGAUGUCGAAGCACAAAAAGAGGAUGCUGGUUCUGUUGAUUGGCGGGAGGAGCUUUAUCAAAAGAUACAAUCCAUGAACGAGCUCUACUUUGAACCAUUAAAUGAACUUUACCAAGAUUUUGCUCAGACCGUGCAGAAGGAAUAUGAUUUUAUUCCACCAGAAAAUCUCCAAGGUGUGGAAAAUUUCAAGAUCACAAUGGAAUAUUCACUAGAAUUAUUGCAAUACUCCAGGGAUGAUAUCUACCCUGUUCUGAAGGCGACACUUCCUUGGCAUGAGAAGCAUAUAGUUGCUAUUCUGAAAGGGAACAAUAAACUUCCUCUUGGACCUUCUCAACCCAUGCCUCAGCAAGGAAACUCUCAAGAUCCUCAAUCAAAGCAGCAUGAUAGUUGUGCAGACCACCAAAUGCAAAGUUCAGGAACUUCAGUGCAGCCACGUAAAGAACUUCCACUUUUAGCUGCUCGCAAGGAAACUGCUCCAGACAAUCAGUACGAGAAGUCGAUGAGAUCAUAUAUCAUCCCACCUAAUGAAAUUACAGUCACGUUUGAGGAUAUAGGUGCCUUGGAUGAAAUCAAAGAACUUCUUCAGGAGCUGAUUAUACUUCCACUCAAACGGCCAGAACUCUUCAAAGGUCUUCUAAAACCCUGCCGGGGAAUUCUACUUUUUGGGCCACCCGGGACUGGGAAGACAAUGCUAGCUAAGGCCUUAGCACAUGAAGCAGGGGCUACUUUCAUCAAUGUUUCAAUGUCCGCCAUUGCGUCAAAGUGGUUUGGAGAUAGUGAGAGUAAUACAAAGGCAUUGUUUACACUUGCUGCAAAGGUUGCCCCUGCUAUCAUUUUUAUAGAUGAAGUUGAUAACAUUCUUGGGCAAGGAACAGGGGACAGAGACAAAGUAGCAAGUGUAAGGAACGAGUUCAUGAUCCACUGGGAUGGACUUCUGACAAAGUCUGAAGAAAGAAUUCUCGUUCUUGCAGCGACAAACCGACCAUUUAAUCUUGAUGAAGCAAUCAUUAGAAGGUUUGAGCGCAGAAUCAUGGUUGGCUUUCCAUCCCUGGAAAGCAGAGAAUUGAUAUUGAGGACACUUCUGUCGAAAGAAAAUGCCGAGCAACUUGACGUCAAGGAGCUUGCGACGAUGACGGUGGGAUACAGUAGUAGUGAUCUCAAGAACCUUUGUGUUGCCGCAGCAUAUCGCCCUCUCAGGGAGCUGAUCCAGAGAGAAAAGUCUAUGAGAUUGAAGAAGCAGUCGACUACCGAGGAACAGAGUAUCGAAUCGGCUACUGCCUGUCGGUCACUAAACAUGGAAGACUUUAGGGAAGCAAUGAACCAAAUUGCUGCAAGUUGUACUAGUGAGAGUUCUCUGUCGAAACAACUGGAGCAGUGGAAUGAAUUGUAUGGAGAUGGAGGCUCGAGAAAGAAGCAACAACUAUCUUAUUUUUUCUGA